AUGGCGGAGGAGGAGACGAAGAAGAGAAGUGUGGUGGUGGAAUCCUUGGGAUGGCUAACGGAAUCUUCAAUAAUGCCCAAGAAGCACCGCGCCAUCGCCGGCGUCGGUGCCUCCUCGAUAAUGGAGCUCAAGGCCCAACUCUAUAAGUCGCAAGAAGACUCCAAGAAGUCCAAGGAACUCGCCGGCUCAGAAGUCGAGUUCCACCGCGCCAAGAAGAAGAUCACCUCACACGAUCCCUUGUCCGCCAAGAACUCCGGCGUCGAUGCCCGGGCCCACAAAGACAAGCUUGAGCUCAAAGCAGUUAAUGAUGGAUCAGCUAGCUAUGCAGCAUUGGAGAGGAAGGCCGCAUUGUAUGAUAAGCUAGUAAAGGGGGAGCUAUCAGAUGAGGAAGAUAAGGGGAAGUAUUGUGUGGAUUUUUUUUGCAAGAGAGUUGACCAGGACGAACCGCAGCAAACUCAGCAUCAUGAUUCGCCUGCUGUAGUAUCUUCGGAGAAUCAAGAUGGUGAGAGUGAUGCUUCCAUGCUGUUUAGCAUGAAACCGUUGGGGCUUGGGCGAGCAGCUGCAACAAUGGACAAUGAUGUUUACAAGAGUUUUGUGAGGGAAGUACACGAAGAAGCAAAUGUAGCGAGAGAGAAGGCAUCUGAGCUCAAACAGCGCAGGGAAGAACAAGCAGCGGCUCGUCGUGAGAAGUUAAAACAGGCAUAUAUAAGGAAACAAUUGGAGAAACUAAAAGCAGCGUCCAACAAGGAACAGACAUAA